UUUUUUUUUGGAUUAGUUCUUAAGGUCAAUGAGUCUUCCCAAGAGAGACAAAAGGGCUGUCUUAUUUCAAAAUGAUUCAAGUUGGUAAACUGGAUGAGGAAAGGAGAGAUUCUUGUAUUCCCAAAUCAGUAAUCCCUUCUAACCUCACUAUAAUGGAUCUUAAGAGCCCCAAAUACUUGCAAGCUUCAUCUCUAUUUUCGUAUAACAAGGGAUCGGCACUAGAGGGCAAUGCAAGCUUCUGCAACAGAAGUAUUGAGAACCCAUUUGAGGAUACUUUCCCUGAUCCACUCUGCAAGGUUAAUCUCAGAGAAACCUCUGAGUUUGUGAAGGCAUUUGCAAUGGGUAACGGCGAUGGGGAAAGCAGAAGUGUUCUUGAGGCUUCUGCUCAGAGGAGGAUAGAGGGCACGAGUUCAGUAGCACAGAGGAGACUAGAAGCUCCUCCAACUCCUGGUAGGCCUGUUUUCAGCUUUAGUGCUGGAAAUCUCCCCAGAAAGAGCUUCCCUUCCAAAUGGGAUGAUGCGGAGAAAUGGCUUAUCAACAGCUCUUGCCAUGAUUCACCUGCCCAUGCCAUUAAACCUCCUGAAGCCUCAAACUUCUCCAAACAACAUGUGAUUUUCCAUCAGAAGGCAGAGGUUUUCUCAGAGAAGUCCAGAGUCUCUGAGGAGAAAGUCUCAAAAGCAGCUUCAAACUUUCUUGGUUCCUUGCCUGUCGACCAUCCAAAUUCGGCUUUCAAUGGGGUCUCUGCAAGUUUACUUCUAAAAGAUAAGUUCACAGACGAUGUAGAGCAAAUCUUCCCCAGUUUUAGAUGCUCUGAAGCAAUGAAAGAAGGGUUUCUAUUCAGAAAUUCGGUUCGUGAGACUAUGAAAGAUGCUGCCACAGAAGUUAUUCCUGAGGUUCAACACAGAGACAUUGGGACUGAAAUGACUCCUCUUGGGAGCUCCACUACUUCAAGAUGCCACACACCCAUCAAGAGCCCCUCGCCUGCAAGGCACAACACUCCUGCUAACAGGUCUGGUCCCUUGGUGGCUACAAAUGGAAGCACUAUUGAUAUUACUGAGCUGCAGGAGUGCCAUUUUGCAAAGCUUGAGCUUGGGACACAGUUUGAUUCAGUUGUGUCAACUUGGAGCUCAAGGGAAGAGGAAGAAAAGGAGGUAUCAAAAAGCUUGAGACAUUUUGAGAUGGGCAGUGGGUGUCCCAAGAGCAUUGCAGACUCUAGAGCUUCUGCAUGGGAAGAAGAAGAGAAAACCAAGAGCUGUCUCAGGUAUCAGAGAGAAGAAGCAAAGAUACAAGCAUGGGUGAACCUUCAAAAUGCAAAAGCAGAAGCUCAAUCAAAAAAGCUUGAGGUUAAAAUACAAAAGAUGAGAUCAAAUCUAGAAGAGAAGCUAAUGAAGAGGAUGGCUAUGGUUCAUAGAAAAGCUGAAGAAUGGAGAGCACAAGCCCAACUACGGCACUCUCAGCAAAUCCAAAAAGCUACUGAACAUGUAGAAAAGAUGAACCAACACAAUUCAUAUUUCUCAGACCACACCUCCUGUGGUUGCUUCCCCUGCAAUAACCACCACCUCUAAGUUGUUUGUGUUUGUGUGUGUGUGUGUGUGUGUGUGAGAGAGAGAGAGAGAGAGAGAGAGAUCAUAACAGAAUUAUGAACAGAAAAAAAAAGAGAAGUUGUCAAGAGGGGAAGAGGGUUGGUCCAAGUUGUUACUUGUUUGUAGAACUAGAAAAGCAAAAAUAAAAAAAAUGAUAUAAUUGGAAAAGAAGAACAAGGGAGGUUGGGGUUAUCUAUUACAAGAACUAAGACUUUGAUUUCAUUUUUGGAUUCAA